AUGCCUCCUCAGUCCGCCUACCCACUGUCUAGCAUCACAGGCAACGGAGGCUUUCCACGGCCAAUACGGAAACCAAAGAAGAUCAUCUAUCUCCUCGGCGUCUUCUUUCUGCUAUACUGGUUCGGCCUUCGGCAUGGGCUCGGUCAGGAGCGGGUCCAUACACCGCUAGGAUGGGCUGUCAAGGGCGGACGACAACGAAAGAGCUCUCUGCGCUUUGACAAGCUCGGGAUGGCAGUACUGGAUCCACCUCCAGAAGGGGCCGAGCAUCCCAUCUACGAGUUGAUGGAACGAGGGGAGGAGCGGUGGCAUCAGCUCUUGGAUGCCCAGUCUCGGACAUUGGCAGGCGCGGUGGAGGAAUACAAGAAGCGGUAUUUCAUCAGUCCGCCAGCAGGGUUCGACAAGUGGUGGGCGUUUUGCGAGGAGCACAAUGUCACCAUGCGGGACGAGUACAACCAAUUGAUGAAGGAUUUACUACCCCAUCAUGCGCUCGCACCGGCGACCUUCAUCAAGCGGUCAAAGGAUCUCCAGGGCACGGAUUUCAGCUACAACAUGGAGGUGACGCAGAAGGCUGUCAGGAUGACGGGACCGAGGGGCACGUCGGGGAGACCCAAGAUGAUGGAGAAUUUGGUGUCGGGGUUCAGGGAGCAUCUGCCGGAGGGGUUCGAGGUGAAGGUGGUGGUCAGUGAUCAUGACACGGGCAGCGAUGUGCUGGGGCACGAUCAGCGGGAUAGGGCGAUGGAGCUGGUCAGGGAGGGUGGACACUUCACAGAUGCCGAGCUGAAGCACUUCGAGAAUGCGGAUAGGACAAAAGCUUUCGGAUGGUUCAAAGCCUGCCCUAUGGACUCACCUGCCAAUAUCAGGCCAGGCGCUGAGAAUCACACCCGCCAUGAGUCGCACAAAUCCUUCAUACAUGAUCAUAUGCCCACCAUGGACUUUUGCGAGUUUCCCGAGCUCAAGAGGCUACACGGGGCCAUGUCGAUCGACUACAAUCACCGCUCCAAAUCUCACCUGAAACCCAUCCUCGUGCUCUCCAAAUUCCCCUCAGACGCCUCCUUCCAAAUAACGCCAAUAGAGGGCUAUCUCAACCUGACAGAGGCGGACCUCCCAUAUGAAGGGUUCUGGGCGGAGAAGACGGAUGCCAGGAUGUUCUGGCGCGGAACUACGACGGGCGGAUUCGAUAAAUGGCGAGACUGGCGGGACAGUCAUCGACUACGGCUGCAUCUGGAUGUCAACGGUCCGAAGCCUGGUGGACCGGAUGAUCUGGAGGGGCGAGCAGAGGGAGGGGAUGGAGGAUGGCAAGAGAGGACAAGGGAGGUGAUGAUGCCGGAUGGGAAGGGUGGGUUCCGGAUGGCGAACAGGUUUGAGCGGACGCUGGGGAAGGGGUAUGCGGAGGUCAAACUUGCGGGUCAGGCGUCGCAAUGCCCGACCCCAGCGCUUUGUAAGGACAUCAACGACAACAUCGAGUUCGGGGCUCGGGUAUCACCGGAAGAUGCGUACAAGUACAAGUACGCCCUCGAUGUCGAUGGGAACGGGUGGUCGAGCAGGUUCCAUCGUCUGCUCAGCUCGGCAAGUCCGGUGAUUAAGAUGACCAUGUUUCCGGAAUGGCAUAUGGAGUGGCUCAUGCCGUGGUAUCACUACAUUCCGCUCAAACCUGACUAUUCGGAUCUAUACGACAUCAUGGCGUUCUUCGCUGGCCCCAUAGACGAGCUUGGCAAUAUCAACGAAUCGCUAGGACACGAUCAUCUAGCGCAAAAGAUCGGCGAGGCGGGACAGAGGUUCGCACUGGAUCAUUGGAACUGGGCCAACAUGCAGGCAUACCAGACAUUUAGAUUACUGCUCGAGCUGCAGAGACUACAUUCGCUGGAUCGAGAGGCGUUCACGUAUCAUGGUUCGGGAUAA